AUGACGUUUGCCCUACAAUUUAGAAAUUCCAUAGUCCAGCGUCCUGGAUUCUUGAGGGCCCUACGCCAGCUCUCAACGUCAAAGCAAAGUUUGAAUCAGGUUGGCAACGCAAAACCUCCAGCUGGUUCGAAAGUUUCAUUGGCUAAUUCUAAAUUAGGAUCCUCUGAAUAUGGUUCACGUCCAAUAUAUUUGGAUAUGCAGGCUACCACGCCGGUUGACCCAAGGGUUUUGGAUAAAAUGCUAGAGUUUUAUACGGGUUAUUAUGGUAAUCCGCAUUCGGCAACACAUGCUUACGGUUGGGAGAGUGAAAGUGCAGUUGAGAAGGCGAGAGCUUAUGUUGCCGAAGUUAUUGGUGCUGAUCCAAAGGAAAUUAUAUUCACCUCAGGAGCAACUGAGUCUAACAAUGCGGCCUUAAAGGGUGUUGCUAGAUUUUAUUCCAAGACUAAGAAACAUAUAAUCACAACCCAAACAGAACACAAAUGUGUUUUGGAUACCUGUCGGCAUUUACAAGAUGAUGGAUUUGAAGUUACGUACUUGAAGGUCAAUGAAGACGGUUUGAUCGAUCUAGAGGAGUUAGAGAAGGCUAUCCGUAAAGAUACUGCUAUUGUUUCAAUUAUGGGUGUCAAUAAUGAAAUCGGUGUUAUCCAACCACUAGAAGAAAUUGGCCGUAUUUGUCGUUCGCACAAAGUUUUCUUCCAUUCUGACUGUGCACAAGCCUAUGGUAAGAUUCCAAUUGAUGUCAAUAAAAUGAACAUUGAUUUGAUGUCGAUUUCAUCCCACAAAAUCUAUGGACCAAUGGGUAUUGGUGCCUUAUAUGUGAGAAGAAGGCCAAGAGUUAGAUUAGAUCCAAUCAUCAAUGGAGGUGGUCAAGAGAGAGGAUUGAGGUCAGGUACUCUUGCACCACCAUUGGUAGCAGGAUUUGGAGAAGCUUCGAGGUUGAUGAUGAAGGAAUAUGACAGCGAUCACGCACAUAUUUCCAAAUUAUCGAAGAAGCUGAUUGACAAUCUAUUAGCUAUUGAGCACACACAACUAAAUGGCUCAAAGGACCAUAGAUAUGCAGGUUGUGUUAAUGUUUCGUUUGCUUAUGUUGAAGGUGAAUCAUUACUUAUGGCUUUGAAAGAUAUUGCCUUGAGUUCUGGAUCUGCGUGUACAUCUGCAAGUUUGGAGCCUUCUUAUGUCUUGCACGCACUUGGUGCAGAUGAUGCAUUAGCACAUUCGAGUAUUAGGUUUGGUAUUGGUAGAUUUACAACCGAAGCUGAGAUUGACUAUGUUUCACAAGCAAUGAAGGAAAGGGUUGGAUUCCUAAGAGAAAUGAGUCCUUUGUGGGAGAUGGUUAAAGAAGGUAUUGACUUAAAUUCCAUUGAAUGGGCAGGACACUAG